UCUGAACUGUUGCCCUUCACAAGGCUCAGAGGCAGCACUCUGAGUGGAUCGCUGUGGAUUAAAACACCUGUCUGUGGGUUCAAUCAUUCUUAAAAAAGGAAUUUUUAUGGCAAAUUUUUUAUGACUGGUUGUUUACAGAGGUGAAGAGGAAGGAAGUUUUACUACUGGAGAGCACAAAGAACAAGUUUUAAACUACAUGGGGAAAACAAAAUAACGCAUUUCUGGACAGGACCAGAGUAAGACAACAAAUGAAGAUUUUAGCUCUCAAAAAACAAAGCAUGGCUGGAAAUUAUUUUUUACUACAUCUUCUUCUCACUGCCUUUCUGGGACGAGCUGCUAAAGCACAGGACGAGACUUCAACUGACAUGGACAUCCAAACAGCCAAUCAUACCGUAGACCCUUUGAUGAUCUCUGUGACAUCAGAUGGACCUCCAACUUUGACCACACCUGGAGAGGUGGAGGAGGACACCGUCCCAUCCACUGGCACCCGUUGCCGUGGUUACUAUGAUGUCAUGGGCCAAUGGGACCCCCCUUUUAACUGUAAUGCUGGUAUCUUCUUGUACUGUUGCGGCACCUGUUUCUACCGGUUCUGCUGCCAGUUCCGUCAACAGCGACUGGAUCAGACCUCCUGCUCCAACUAUGAUACUCCAAUUUGGGCAAAUACUGGAAAACCUGUGGCCACCAACACUGAGGUGCAGCCAGACCACGAGCGGGAUCGAACUCAUAUGAUUGUAUACAUUAUCUGUGGUGUGGUGGCCAUCAUGGUCCUGGUGGGCAUCUUCACCAAACUGGGUCUGGAGAAGAGCCGUGGAGGUCAGAAUGACCUAAGUAACUCCAGGACUCUCCAGGAGUUAAUGAAGCAGCCAGGUGGAGAGGCGAAUGCUGUGGAUGGACCUCUGAGCAACAGCUCCUCUAUUGGAGCAAAUGGCAUCUCUGCCAGGAUGCUUCGCAGCCGCAGUGAGCAGUACCAUCUAAACAACGCUGGCUUUUCUUUUGGUGCACCGGCUGGACUCUCUCAUCCUCAAAGCAACCUCAGCAUACCAGGCCUUGCACUCAACAAAUACAACUCUCUGAAAGCAGUUGCUGACACUGCAAACCGGAGCUACUACAAGAGUUAUCCACUGAUGGACUUCUCCCAGCAUCAUUCCCCUCCUGUAGCUUUCCAGCCAAUGCCGAUGCACCCAAAAGACAAGUCCUACCUUCACCAGGUCCUCCCUUCCCAUGACAUUCACUCUCCUCUUUCCAUCUCGAUCCCAACCAACCAUAUGGAGAGGACCCGCAUCCCUAAAACCAUCACCCACCCUCAACUGUCCAGCUCGGCCUUUAAAGCUUGGGAUUCUGGGCAAAGACACGUCCACCGGCAGACCUCACAUCCAGGGCACCUGCCGCGACGACAAACCUACAGCAGCAGAAGACAGUACAGCAUAGAAACAAUACCAGAUUUCCUUUCCCAGCCUACAGGCUAUGGGGGACAACCACUGUAUCAGCACCAUCCCAAAAUUAAGGCCUACCAGACCAACAGCAAAACAGAGGUCACAGUUUGAGGACUCAGAUAACUGUAUGCACCAACAAUACCAUGUCCAGAAAGUGUGGUUGUUCUUACUGUCAUUGCUAAACCACUUUUUUCUAAGUUUCUUGUUUUUUUUCUGUGUCCCACUUUUCUGGGUUCAUCUAAGGCCUUUGUGACGCUGACAACAAUGAGGUGAGCUUUCAGACCGGAACGGAAGAAUGGCACCUGAGGUCACAUUAAAUUAAAUAGGACAACACCAUCAACACAUCAGCCUAAAUCUAAUUAUCCUGGCCAUUUUUAUGUAAACACAACCUCAGGAUCAAUUAUGUGAAGUACGAAGAGACAGAAUGCAACACCUAGACAUCUAGUCGGUGAGGCAGUGGCGGGGUAGGUAGUGCUGUCGCCUCACAGCAAGAAGGUUGCUGAGUGCUGGUUCGA